AUGGCUGGAAUUAAGCUUCUUAGCCAAAGCAUUAGGCGUAAGUAUGCCAAUCACUUUCCCGAGAAAAUAUUUUGGAGAAAUACACCGUCAAAUCGUCGCACCGAUGCAGGCUUAGAUUCUAAAUAUUUCAUGUGGUUGUUAAAUAGCAAUAAGGCGUGCGAUGCAGAUUUACACCGGACUGUCAACAUGUAUAGCGCUGAAUAUAAUCGUAAAAAUAUUCUAAGAGCCAUCGAAGCACUGCGAAAUAGGCAGCUAAGUUUCGAUCAAAUUUAUAUAUCAAGGCUAGCAUAUCAAUUAUACGAAGAAGAUGAUUUAACAGGACUAAAGUUAAAUGAAGAUAUUAUCAUGAAAACUAUUAAGUUAUGUGGUAGGGUUAUUGCACCAUUAAGAUUAUAUCAUGAGAUAAGAAAUUUAAAAAAGAACAGACAUCGAGAAGAUAGGGCAGUUUAUUACGAAUUUAUUGAUAUCUUACUAAGGUGCAAUCUUAAAGAAGAAGUUCCACAUCCGCGUUCAAUUCCAUUUGAAAUAAAAAAGAAAGGGGAAUUAUACGAUGUGUGUGACUUUGAUGCAUUGCUCCAUACCCUAGACGAAAGAUUAUUAGAACAGUUACAGAAAAGAUAUUCUCGUGCUCAAAUGAUGGCUCUCAAACGACAAUUACAAAGCAAACUAAUAUUUCAAAAACAACAAACUCUAUUAAUCGGUAGUGACGAACGAGACGAAAUGAUUCAAAGAGAAAAUCGAGACUUCGAUAGAUUAUCAGAAUUUUUAAUGAAAUCUGAAUCUCUGCUUCGCCAAGCAAAAUGUGGUGGAACUCAAUAUCGGAAUUAUUCUAUAAUGGGCGACCAGGAAAGCCGAAAAGUUGACAGCAUUCAGGAAUUAUGUGACGAGGAAAGCAAAUCUCUCCUUGAAUUUGAUGAUCAUCUCAUUUCCAGAAGUGCUACUGCUCAGCUGCAACUUGUUAAAGCCGCUAAAAGUCGCCAAGAAAGAAAUUCUAGGAUAGACUUAGAUUCCGAUUUUAUCGAUAGAAUUAGUACUGCUAUGAAUCCAUUCCGAAAUCAUACGGCAAAAAAAACCAAUCUGUCUACUAACAAUAAUAUCGAAACGAGUGCUAGUCAUGAUAAAUCGUCAAAUUCUGUACCAGAUAUAAAACAACGCGCAGCGACUUCACCCCCCAAAAUACGCAGAAUUCCUCAAUAUUUUGAGAAAGAUGAAAAGAAUCGAUUGCAACUUUACAAAGAUUCUGUCGAGUGGGACAUGGUUUCAAUGAAUCAAAGAACUCAACAGUUACUGAAUAAAAUGCAUUCAAAAUAUGAACGUGAAAAAUAUGUUAGAAAUGUGCAUGCUACUUGGCGAGAUAAUACUUAUCAAGUUGGCCCAAAGGUAGAUAUAAAUCACAAUUUCUUAGUACUUUGGGAAGCGAAAAAAUGA